CACUCGCGGCCAGUCCGAACUCCGGCUCCUUCAACAAUCUCACACGUGCAGAGUCAAUUCAGCGUGGUCCUUCCUCGCAUUAUUUUCGGAUUGCUAAAUUUAAUUGUCGACCUCACCAGUCGCUGGUUGGUCUUCUUCAGGCAAGGCAAGGGCAUAAUGUCAUCCAAAAUUCUAGUCGUGGCGACCUGCUUUGGCAGACGGGUUGGGGCCCAGUUAAAUUACUUUAGGGCACGAGGGAAUCUAGUUAAGAAUUAUCACGUCUCGCCUUGCCUUUCUGCUGUAGGAGCAUGGAGGAAAGAGCAAGGACUCUCCGUAAAUCCCACUGCUUCUGGACCCUUGACAGACGGUCCAGAUUAUUCCUUCAUCGAUGGCAGACCCACCCCACCUGGCUCACGCAAAAUAAAGAGGGCUGAAAAGCAGCUACAACUUGCUAAAAAGAUUAUUGAGCUUUCCAAAGAAGUGGAUUUUGCUGUAGAAUUUCGUAAGCAGCGAGAUGAAGAAGAAAUGGCUCAGAAGGCCAAGACUUUGCAAAGAAAAUUGAAGCCAAAAGGGAAAGAGAUGGAAGAAUAGCCUACGCAAACAAUCAAACAACAGUCGUCAAAACUAGAUUUUUUUUAUUUUCAUACAAAACACCGUAGUCAAUUAUUGUAGUUGUCUUCAAUAUAAUAUUCUCCCUAAGAACGAAAUGACGUGCACUAUCAUCACACACAAUGCAGCAGUUUAAAACUUUGGAAGAAGAAUCUCCCCAAAUUGAUGAACUGGUUGGUUACUCGGUAUGUGCAUAUAUUAAUUCAACAUAAUACUGCUUCCGUACUUCUAUCAAUUUCAACUAAAUGCUCCGGGAAAGAAAUCUUUAUCAAAUUUUCAAAAAACAUAUUUAUUUAGAGUUUUUCAUAUUACCAAUUUCAUUCAUAAUUCACUGCCAUAACACAUAUUUCUUAACCAGUAUAAUUAUUUACUUACAUAAUAUGAUCAUACAUAGAAAUAUAAUAUCAGUUAGUGAAUAUCAAUUUUAAGGGAUUUAAGGAUUAGAUUACGCACCAUCGUUAAUUGAAUCAAUUUCAUUGCACUUAAUUUACCCACUUGGAUGUGGUUUGAUUUCCUUCUAUUACACUUGAAUAAUUGUACUCUAGUUGAAAAUUGUAUUUACACAGUUUCUACACAAUUAGACAUAAUUUCAAGUCCAGGUGGUACUUUAGUAGAAUAAGUAAAUCACUGCUGCACUACGGUUAUAAAAUAUGAGUAACAGUUGUAAAGAUGGGUGCUUUGUAGAAGGAAAGUAUAAAAUUAGAGUUAACGUAAUUAUUCUCAAAGAUUACAAAAUUCUUGCGUCAUUCCGCCCAACCAGUCGUUCAGGAAUAAUAUUAUAUUUCGAUUAUGCAGUCAUUUCGCCAGACACAACACUUUAGAGUCAAAAGUUACCAAUGAGUGGCAAAAUAGAUAAGUUUACAGUAUGUGAAUAACAUUUAUCGGAUUUACCCUUGCCGUUUUUUGUGUAGUUACUUAAAAAAUAAUAAGUAUUAUUGACAUUCA